AUGACAGCAAGACUCUCUCAACAGAGAGCGGAGGUGCCGGCAGCUCUUCUCCGCAGUGUCACACCUCACAAGAUACUGAAAACUUGUCAGAUCAUCGGCGAUGAUUCAAAGCAGUACGACGUGCGGUACAAGAUCCAGUACCAUUACAAUGGGCAGCUGAUGGCCCAGUACAACAGCUCCACAGAGACGGUCACUGGUUACACCGACUACGGCCGUCAGUUCGCCGAUGACGUCAACAAAGACAUCAACUAUCUGUCACUCAGGAGGAACGACCUGAACUUUUUCUGCAAAGCAAAAGCGACGGUCAUCUAUAAAGCCAUGCUGGAUAAGACAGUGGCUCCACGGGUCAGUCUGAGGAUGGGGAGGUCAAAGGUCGUCAGGGAUUCCACAGUUUUGCUGUGCACUGCUUACGACUUCUACCCCAGAGACAUCCGACUCACCUGGCUGAGGAAUGGGCAGGUGUUCCCGCACACCUCAGAGAAGCUGAUGCAAGAAGAGCUUCCCAGCGGAGCCUGGAGAUACCAAUUCCACUCCCACCUGGAACACACCCCUGCUGUGGGAGAGAGCAUCUCCUGCAUGGUGGAGCAUGCUAGCCUGUGGGAACCCAAACUCUACCCUCUGGCUGCCACUUAA